GACCCGCACAAGGUGCUGGGCGUGCGGCGCUCGGCGUCCGAGGCGGAGAUCAAGCGCGCGUACCGGGCGCUGGCGCUCAAGUGGCACCCGGACAAGAACCCGGGCAACCCGCAGGCCGAGCAGGAGUUCAUGCGCAUCGGCGCCGCGUACGACCGACUGACCAAC